AACACUGGUACCAGAGAUGUUCUUAACCUCCACGGUGAAGACUAAAGCUACUGGCUGACUCAGAAAAGAGAGAAGACCAUCUACAGAAGAGGCACCAUGAAGCUGCUGCUUGUGUCUGUACUUCUUUGUGCAGUGAUGGUUCUGACCCCUGCUGCUUUUCUUACAGAUAAAGUUGACAGCAGUGGUGCAGGGGAUUUAAUUCCAACAGGAAUAAGUGACCAGGUCAACAUGUCCUCUUGUUGUCCUCGUGGUUGGACUCGGUUCAGACGUCGCUGCUUUGUCUAUAUUCCAACAGCCAUGAACUGGGCUCACGCUGAGAGAAACUGCAGGUCCAUGGGGGCCCACCUUGCAUCUGUGCACAGCAGCAGCGAGUACCAUCUGAUUCAGAAGCUGACUGGCCCUUAUGGCUACAAAACUACUUGGAUUGGAGGAACUAAUGCAUCUGGGAAACAUGUUUGGUUGUGGACUGAUGGGAGCUGUUUCAGCUAUACACACUGGUGCCCAGGAGAGCCUAAUAAUGGCUGUGGCAAUCAGCACUGUCUGCAGAUAAAUUAUAGUGGUUCCAAGUGUUGGGAUGAUGUGCAGUGUGACUCACAUCGGCCAUCUAUCUGUGCCAGGAAAAUCUCAAGACACCUGGGCUGAGACUGAAGCAUGAAAUUCCUAUAAAAACACAAACUGAUGUACAAUAGUGUUUGUGUUUUGCUUGCUCCAAUUUCUUUAUUUCAUUUUGAAGCAUUAAAUUUUUUCUCUCAUUGUAGCACCCAACCUAAACAUCAAAAUGACAAAUCAACAAAAACUGCAUUGUCUUUUAAGACCUUGUGUCUUUAACAAGAGCAGACUGGUUGUGUUACUACAGCGUUGAUUUUUGAAAACUGUUCUUUCUUCUGUUUUUCAUUUUUUUUCACUUGUUUUAUGCAGCAAUAAAGCUUUUAGUCAAGCAUC